AUGUCGACAUCCAUAUUCCGUUUUGCCAAAAAUAUAUACAGGUCAGGCUUAAGAAGGGCAGGAUGGCAAUUACAAGUACACAACGAUGUCAAGAGCGGUACCUUGGUAGGAACUGAUGAUCACGGCAACAAAUAUUACGAAACUGAUGCACCAGAAGAACCUAUAUUAAGAACCAGAUGGGUUGAAUAUAGCGACUGGUCACCUGACAUGUCUCAGGUUGAGCCAGGUUGGCAUUACUGGUUGGGUUAUGGAUCAAAUACUCCACCAAACAAGUUGCAAGGUGACGAGAAAACUACGAGAGCUUAUCCAUUACCGGCUCAUCACAAGCCUAAUAUGACCAAUUCACCUGGUGCUUAUGUCUGUUAUAAUACUGCUAAGCCAAAAUGCCAAAGUUGGAGUCCUGAAGUGAAGGAAAGAACUGGCGAGAGAGUUGGAGAAAGAGUAUAG